GUAUGUUCUGCCCCAGAACAGGACAGACUGCGAGCUGUUCAGAGCAGGAUACAUGUGGUAGAAAAAGUCUGAAAGCUGCUGGAUCAACAGAGGCUGAACAUGGGCGCUGUGGUUGGACUGCUGCUGCUGCUGAUGAUGAUGAUGAUCGGAGUCUCUCAUGGUUUGGAAACGUACUGUGAUGGCAGGAAGGAUGGAGCUCAGUGUUAUGGAGCUUUGGGAGGAAUGGUGGUCCUCCAGCUGAUGGACAGUGCCUCAGAAAUAUUUAGAUAUGAAUGGUCAAGCAAAUCAAAUGUGAUCCUCAUAGUGUCAAAGAACAACAUUAUAACUAAUGGAAUAUCAAACAGAUCUGUCUUUACUCCCAGUAAUGGAACAUUCAGGAUCAAUAAUCUGAGCAGGAUUGACAGUGGAAAAUAUACACUUAGUAUUCUUGAUUCCACUCUACAGAAGUUAGAAGGAAGGACUCUACAUUUGUCUAUUCAAGCUCCUGUGUCCUCUGUGCUGCUGGUCUCUGAGUGUCUACAGGGAGACAUGAGGGUGUCCUGCUCCUCUGUGGGAGGAGACGAUCCUCAGUACAGCUGGACUCUGGAUGGACGUGAACUGACAGACGAUGAUCUUCUCUCUGGAAAUACUGAGUCUGAAAACAUCACUCUGAAAGCAGAUGUCUCAGGAUAUCUGGUCUGUUCUGUCAGGAAUCGCUUCAGUGAUGUCUGUGGCUUCACAAUCAACAACUGCACCUCAUUCAAUGGGACACAAAAGUGGGUCCAUCAAUCCAAUGACACUGUGUGUACAAAACCAACAACAAUCUCAACCACAUCCACAGUGGGUAAGGAGACUGACAUAGCGUCUGUUACACCCUCAACUAAUAUCACACCCUCCAAUCAAACUGAGACUUCUGGCAGAGAUGAUCCAUGGUACAAUAAUCUGCUGCUAAUAGGCAGUGUGCUCGCAGCACUGCUGAUUUUAUUAAUUGUCGGCGUCGCAGUCAUCUGUUCUCAGAAGAAAAAGCAAAGCACCAAACCAGAAGAGGAAGGAGAUGACAAGGAAUUAACCUACGCUGACGUCAAGUUCACGCAGCGUCCAGGGAGGCAGGUGGAGCAAAGGGCAGAUUUGGAGGUGGAGUACGGCCAGGUCAGGUUUUCGGAGCGACCUCAGCAGACGGAGCUAAGGGAAAAUGAUUGUGUGUACGCCAUGGUCCGUAAAAGCAGGUGAUCUGAAGUGACUGGAGUGCUUUUACAAGGACUGCACCGCUGAAAGCAAGUAGAGAGAGACAGAAGGGCAAGUUCAGAUACCUGGAGGCCUGUCAUCUCAAACACGAGCCAUCAAAGCCCCUAUAUGUCCUGAUUUUGUAUAUUUACUCUAAACAUGUGGGCUGUAAAUGGGCAUCAAAGCAUCCAGUCACCUUUAGGUCUGCAUUCCUGCUUAAGAAUGUUACACUAGCACUCCUGUUUUUGUUUUUUGUUUUUUGUUUUUUUUUUUGGGGGGGGGGGGUAUUCAACAUUUUAUUUUAAGUAUUUCGUAAUUUUUUACCCAGUUUCUGGGUUUGUAUGAUGCUGUACCUUUCGGUUGUUACUUGUCUUUAAUUUAUAGGCAUAUUUAAUUUAAAGUUUCUUUGUUUCAUACUUUCUUUACAAUGUAUUUAGCUUUAUUAUUUUAAUGAUGGCAGACAUGAACAGUAUUUGGGCAUGCCUGUUUUCCCUUCAUCUAAAAUAGUUGCUUUUAGUUUGACAGCAUACAACUUAAAUAAUAAAAUUUGCUCAAAAUGAAAAAAUGCACUAAUUGAAAAGAUUUGUUUGGAUCAGUUGGUGUCCAUAAUAUGUAGAAUUCUAUCGGUGCUGAGUGUGUGGGAGGAAGUGUCACAAUCAGUGAUGCUAUCUUUUAUCCGCCCUUCUCGUUUAAAGAUACAUUUGCAGUGAAAUGUCUUGUAUCUUGGGACAUUCUCGCUAAGCAGAAAUCCUUUCCACGAUGCAAACACUUUGGCUUUUUUCUGGGCUUUCAUUCUCACGAAACUGGUUUAUCGGUUGUAUUUGAAUCAGUUAAUGGUCACAUAUCCCCUUGGUGCAAAGUUCAAUUUGCACAGGUUGUAAAGUUGUAACUGUGCUAUAUUCUCUAAUAAAUAAAGUUUCAGUAAUUUUGUUUACUAAA